AUGCUACUCCCGUUUCCUGCCCCUUCGGAGCGGCGAGGAGUGGGUGAGGCGGGGCCGAGCCGCUGCACCGAGGAGACCCCGAGCCGGGGGCGAACGGGCCCCGCGGCGGGGGCGCAGGGGCCUGCCCGGGGAUGGCCCGAACACGGCGCCGAGGUCGGACCGGCCGGGCCCAGCAGCCUGACCCCGGGAGACCCCCGCUUUGAGGCGGGCAACGGCUGCUCUGGCCCAGGCCGCCUGGCCUUCAGUCUGACGGGUUCAAAAUGGCGGCGGCUGCUUCAGCGGCUCCUCCUGUGUGAGGGAAACAACACCCCUCCCCGGCGGCAGCGGCGGCGGCGGCGGAGGCUGCGGCUCGCAGAGCACCUUCCCAGCGGCUGGGCCUGUCGCCGCUCCGUCUAUCCUGGGCAGGGGGCGCUCCGGGAGGAGGGGCAACGCCAGGGGGCCCAUCCCCCGGAGUCCCUCCUCUGCGACUGGGGAGUAGCCGGGGGCUCGUCCCGCAGCGCGGAGCCCCGGCUGAGGGGGAGACGCGAGGGGAGCCCGGGCCCCCAGCCCGGCGCGCCGCGCCGCUCCCGCCCUCUCCGCCCCCCGGGGCCGGGGCCCGCGUUCCGGGGGGCCGGGGCGGCGCGGGGAACCUCGGGCCGGCCGGUCUCAGCUGAUCGGCCGCCGCUCCUGGGCUCCGGAGGCGGCCGGGCGGCUGCUUGCCUAGGGCACGGCGAAGAGGGCGCUCCCCGCGGCCGGGGCUGGCUCGGGGCUCGGGCUCGGGCUGCUGACCGCUGGCCCGGGGGAGGCGGGGGCGCCCCGGGCUCGGCGCCGAGGGGUCGCGCUCCCCUCUCCUGA